AUGAUCCCCUCAAAAUCUUCUGCCAACCUUGACUCCAAUCACGAUUUUCCUCCUUCGCUUACAUCGCUCAUACAGUCCUUGUUGUUGAAACGAAAACGUACUUCACAAAAUUUAACAUUUGAGGAGGAUGAGAAGAAGGAUGAGAAGCCACACGAAGGAUGCAGCAUGAAAGCAUUGAUUGCCUCCCUCGCAACAACCAAUCAGAAAAAGAAGAAAAAAUUAAUUGAUCAUCAUCGGGAGGAUGAUGAACCUCCUUCCUUCAGAACUCCUCCGAAAAGAAAAACCAUUCAACAACAACAACAACAGCAAACCACUCCUUCUCAAAAUCGUUCAACGUUGAAUAUUGGAAAGAAGAAGACUAACAUUGAGUCAUCUCAAAAUUUAGCAUCACCAGCCAACGCUUCCAUCCUUGACAACGAUGUGAGUAUUUUGGAGAAGGGGACACCCUCGCACAAUUCUCAUGAAUCAAGAAGGUCAGAGAGCAGACGAAAUGAAACUGAAGUUCAGGAAGUUUAUGAUGAGGCCUACUUUAAGAAAGCGAGAGAAAAAAAUCAAAGAAUGCGAAAAGCUCUCGAGGCUAAAAAACGAAGAGAAGAAAAUGAAAAAAUCGAACAAGAGGUCCAGAAAAUUAAAGCUUUAGGCGAAGCUCGUUCCAAACAAAGUACAGAAAGUCGAGUAUUGGUUGGCCUUAAAGAAUUGCAACAAAAUAAUUCUCAGGCCAAUUUAGAAAAAUUGUAUGAAAGUAUUAAUAGAAAAGUCUAUUUUAACUUUGUGUCAUCCUUAGAACAUCAAAUGAAUUUGCGCAAAUCGAUCGAGAAUUUAAUCGAUUUCGUAUUUUCAAUUUUGGAUUCUAUUUCGAACGAAAGAUUAUCCAAGAAGCAAAUGAUAUUGAUAUCAUGA